AGGAGAAGCACCGCUGAAUUUCCAGAAGGACUUGCGGAUGAGAAGUUGAAUGAAAGUAUUCCCGAAAUUGCACAACGUUCCAUCAAAUUUGGUAAUAUGCCCAGUUACAGAGAGGAGAAGAGGAAACGUAAGAAGAACAAGCGUGUUUACGAUGCGUUACAACGUAUCAAUGAAGCGAGUGAUGAACGCGAUACCGUAUCGCUGAAAUCACGAGAAUCUGGUAGUAUUGGACAUACGCCUGGCCCAGGUAGUGCAGUGGGAUCGGCCGUAAGCUAUUCGGAAUCACCUUAUGCAUCCAGGCAGCCGAUGCUCUCUACAAUGAUGAACGGUUCACCGGCAUCACUACUGAAGAAGGAACAUUCUGGAAGCAGACGUUUGUUUUCUGAAAGUGAACUAUACGGUGGCAGAACCGAAUGUUGUAGUGAUAUAAUUCAAUCACCUUCAAGAUGUUCUGUUAUCAACAAUCAUCUCAAUGGUAUGCGAUAUGAUCGAGCGAGGAAUGGUUACAGUACUGAUUCAGAAAUCGGUAAUUCUUUGAUUUUGGUUUUUAGCAGCUUUUAA